UAGUCUGGGAUCACUCUGUGUGACUGACGUUCUUGAUUCAUCAUCCAACAACCGCAUGAGCAGCAUGGAUAUAUAAGCUGGAGCACACCUGCUUCACAAUAACGACUUGAGACCUCUGCCAACUGACCUCAGCCUGCUACCAAAGUUCAGGUGCCUUGAGUGACUCCACAGCAUGCUGCCUGGGAGAGCGGCUGAUGUCCCGCACUGCGUCCUGACGAGCCGCUGGCUGUCUGCAGCUCUGGCGCUGCUCCUCCUCCUCUCCUCCAGCUUCAGCAGAGCUCACAGCACCACGGUGGAGCAUGACUUCCACAUUGUUCACAAUGUCGACAACAGAAGUCCAGAGAUAGAUCCAUUCUGGUACGUGGGACGUGGGGUGAGACCCAUCGGCCGCUUCGGGAAGAGGCACAGCAGCAUGGAGGCUCUGGGCAGCGGCGGUAUUCAGCCUGUCGUCAGGAUGUUGGCACUGCUUCUCGACAGCAUCAGAAACAAAGAGAACCUGGGGAAUGUGCUGGAUGGAGAGGACAGGGAUUGGUUACCAUGACAGCGUGUCCUCUUCCCUUCAUCCAUAAACUCUUAGUGUCUUCAUUUUUUAUCAUGACUGAGGUUGUAUACCUUUUUGUUCUUAAAUGUAUUUCUCUCUGGUGUCUGUUAUGAGGCCUUGGUUGAUGAAAUCACUCUCCAAAUGUAUCUGUACAUAAAAAUGCAUUCUAUAUUGAUUAAUAAACCAGGAUGUUGUGAUUA